ACACAAUAUGGCGGAUGUUUAAAAUUCUUAAAAACAUGGCAGAGAUGAGCAGUACUUCAUUUGAAAUCGUUUUGGAUGAGCGACCAAAAAGACCUCAUUCUGGUCCCCCAAAACGUUUCCUGACAAACAAAGCCCGAACUCCACUAACAAAACAGCAACUUGAUGAAAAGCAAGUAGAAGCUGAUGCCAGACGCAAAGCCCAGGAGGAAGAGAAACUCAAAAGAAUGCAUGAAAGACAAGAAGAAUGUUUGAAACUGAAUUCAAAUGUUGAGAAACUGCUUCAGCUUGAUGCUAAGCGUUCUGGAGCUCCAGGCCUGAUGCAUGUAAAGCCUAUGUCAAAUAAACAAGUGAAAGAAACAGUAAGACAAGUAGCUAAAUCAAUGGACAAGAUGGGAGUGAAAUUACAAAAUGAUACAACUGUUCCUUUUUGAUAAAAAGAAUUUGUACAAAGGUUUGCAAUAAGAAUUGGAUUGACAUUGGCCACAAGCUGAAAUAUUUGGGGACUUAUUCUCAUUUUUGACCUUGUUUUCAAAAAGAGACUUCAUUAAAAUGAACCUUAUGGUUUCAAGAAGGGCCCAUACUGAAAUGGGAAUGUAUGGUCCCUGUCAACUUCCAUGUUCAUGUUUAUGUUUCAAUGAAUAAGCUGCCUUGCCAAAAUCAUCUCUGGAUAGAUCCUUGCCAGAAUUUAAUAUGAAUCUACAUGUAUUUGGCACUGAGAACAGGAAGGAAUAAAUCUAAGUUCAGCAUUCAAUGUUAUGUUGAUAAUGCCUAGGUCACAUUUGCUCUGAUUCAUCAGCCAGUGCCAAGCCGAUUGCAGUAUUUUGUUUAAAACUGAUUUCAACUUGACC